AUGGCAGACUUCGCACCGCCUCCUGGACCACCUCCCCCAAAGGUCCCUGAAGGCUGGAAAGCCGUCUUCAACGACCAGUAUCAGACAUGGUUCUACGUCAACACUUACACCAAGAAAUCAACAUGGGACAAGCCUACCGAGCCUGCACGACCUCCGGUGGACGACGACGCACCACCCGGGGCUCCUCCUCCAUCCUACUCGGCCGGCCCAGGCAGCCACAACGUGUCCGACGUCAAGCGCCGCUCGUUCGAGUCCAACAACCCCUACAAACAAGGCCAUGAGACGGACGAAGAGUACGCGCGGCGUCUGCAGGCCGAGGAGAACACUCGCGGACAGUCCGACAGCUACUACAACCAGGGCGGCAGCGGCGGCGGACACAGCCCGAACCCUCCAGGUCUACAGGGCGGGUACCCCGGCGGUCCGAGUCCCACGUCGCCAGGAGCGGGAGGCGCUGGUGCUGGCGGCAAGAGAGGCUUCUUUUCCAAGCUGAUGGGUAAACCGGGGGGAGGCUCUGGCUCGAAUUCGCCUUACCCCCAGCAUGCACCGCCUGGAAGCGGUUACCCGCCCCAACCCGCGGGCUAUCAGCAGGGAUACCCGCCUCAAGGACCCGGCUAUGGCGGGCCAGGAGGUUACGGCGGCGGUCCUCCAGGAGGAGGCUACGGAGCCCCAGGAGGGUACGGAGGGUAUGGGGGCGGCGGCUACGGACCACCAGGAGGAGGAUACGGCUACGGGCAGCCACAGUACGUGCAGCAAGCCCCUCCUCGGCGCAGCGGCGGCAUUGGUGCCGGCGGUGCAGCGGCGCUCGGUCUCGGCGGCGGUCUGCUGGGUGGUAUGCUUCUCGGCGAGGCCAUCGACGGUGGCGAUGGCGGUGGCGGUGACGACGGCGGUGACUAUGGUGGCGACGAUGGUGGCGGCGGCGACUUCUAA